CUCAAGUCAGCCCCAAGUCUCAGGUUUUAAGAAUUCUUAGAAGGUAUUACCACUUAAAAGGAAUAUAAUAUAAGAAUUGCUCAUUUCUCCCGUUUGUGCUUGAAGACAUGGUAAACCGUCUAACUUUGCUGCAUCUUUUCACAGAUAUUACCUAUAAAACUUCAAAUGCACAUAAGAGCUAAAACUGUAAUAGGGAUUGCCCUAUCAGCUACUUACAUCGUUCCGCUCUGCACUGCUCCUAUUGUUUCAAUAUUGAACCUCGCGUUAGCAGUUAUAGGGGAUGUUGUCUUUGCUGGAAUCAAGGAAGGAGCACCAAGGUCAAAAACUAAACAUCACAGAAUGAGCCGUGGUUUUAAGGCCAGAAGAUAUAUCGACCCUGGUUUGAACGAAACCGCUAAGCUCAUGAAUUUACCACCUGGGAUGUCUGAUCACGAUGUCGAGCUAUGUAGACAAGCUAAUCAUGGAGAAAUGUGACUAUUUUUCAGGAAUCUGCAACUUAAAAUGUUCCAGCAGAAUGCAUGGACUUGGCUG